CUCUUUUUCUCUUUCUCUUUCUUUUUUUUUAAAAAAAUUAAUUAAUUAAAUUGUGUUUGUGUAUACGUUAUAUAUAAAUAUAUAUAUUUUUCAUUACAGUGUAUUCGAUAUAGAUAAACUAAGAAAAUAAAAGAGAGAAGAAGACUAUGGGACUUUUGUACCGUGCUUAUCUUGAAGGGAAAGCUGGAGUGUAUGGAUGUUCUAAAUGCGGCACUCAUCUAGCAACUACAGAAACAAUUUUAUCAACACAAUUUCAAGGUCAACAUGGUCAAGCAUUUUUGUUUGAAACAGUGGUUAAUAUUAAACUCGGUAAAGUAGAAGAUAGAGAAAUGACGACUGGUUUGCAUAGAGUUCGAGAUAUAUCCUGUAUACAUUGUUCAAAAUUACUUGGUUGGACAUAUGUAAAAGCUUAUAACAGCGACAAUAAAUACAAAGAAGGUAAAUUCAUACUGGAAAAGAAGCUUUUAAAAUUAUAUUCCGACCAGUGCAGUUACUGUUAAAACUAUUGACAACAAUUAAUAUACAAAUAUGUAUAUGUCUCUGUCUAUGUCUAUGUGUAUAUAUAUACAUAUAUGUAUAUAUA